AUAAGAUUUUGGAUAAAGACAGAAUUUGCUUCGCUUAAAUUUUAAUACUUGUGUGCAUUAAGACAAAGUUAAAUUUUUAAAAUGGAUGCUCGACAAAAUAAUGAUGAAGAAAGGGAACAAAAGAUAGCACUCUAUGCUUUUAUCCUUUACUGUGCAAUAUUUCUUCUAUAUUACCUUCAUCGCCAGUUUAGACUACUGUAUAAAAUGUACAGUUAUCUAUCAAUGGUUGACCGUUCCGUGUUAAUCGUUGCAUCUGCAUUUUUGCUUGGAUUCGUCCUUGCUCUUAUUUCAUUCCAAGAACGUCCACCUUCUCAUAGGGUUCAACGAUGGAGACUUAUGCCAGAGACAAAUGGUGGAAAUCAACAUGACGAUACUUCAGAUGAAGAUGAUAGUUAUUUAUAUAUGCCCUGACGAAAAUGAUGUAUAUUUUCCAAAUUACAUCAGAGCUUUUACUUUCCGAUAUUCUUCUUGACAUGAUACAUUUUUAUACAGAACCAGUUGAAAGUUGAAUGAGCAACAAUAAGUAUUCAAUUGAGUUUCCAUUUAAUAGAUUUAUUUCUUCUUGAAACGAAACUCGUGCUAUAUUUAUAGUCAAUAAAUUACUAAUGUUAUGUAUCUAAGCUAUUUUUA